AUGGCGGCUACUUCUAAUCUCGAGCUGAGCCCACCGCCAGCCUUUUUCCAGUCCAGAAUCGAAAUGUUUGACAAGUACAAGGCCGAAUAUGACGAUAUGGUCAAAGCCAAACCGAGACAGGAAAUCUCUAUCACUCUCCGAGAUGGCAACAAAAAGACCGGAAUCAGCUGGGAGACCACGCCGAUGGACAUUGCAAAGGAGAUCUCAAAAUCCCUCCCCGAGAAGCUCGUGAUCGCAAAGGUCGAUGGCGUCCUAUGGGAUCUCGAGAGACCAUUGGAGAAAUCUGUGGAUCUAGAGCUACUGGACUUUGAACAUCCGGAAGGCAAGCAGGUAUUUUGGCACUCCAGCGCCCACGUGCUCGGAGAAGCUGCGGAAAAGCACUACGGGUGUCACCUGUGCUUUGGUCCACCGACCGAAGACGGCUUCUUCUACGAUAUGGCAACCUACGACAAAAAGGUUCAUCCCGUAGAUUAUCCCAACCUUGAGACACUAUCGAAAGCUGUCAUCAAGGAGAAGCAGAAGUUUGUCCGACUAGAGCUCCCAAAGGAGGCGUUGCUUGAAAUGUUCAAGUAUAACAAAUACAAACAACACUUCAUCGAAACCAAAGUGCCCGACGGCACCACGUCCACCGUCUAUCGAUGCGGUCCAAUGAUUGACCUUUGCGUCGGCCCACAUGUCCCGCAUACCGGAAGAAUAAAGGCGUUCAUGGUCACGAAGCAUUCUUCCUCGUAUUGGCUCGGAGACGCUGCAAACGACAGCUUACAGCGUAUCUACGGCAUCUCCUUCCCCGACACUAAACAGCUCAAAGAGUACAAGGAAUUCUUGGAACAAGCUGCCAAGAGAGACCACAGGAAAAUCGGCAAGGAUCAGGACCUGUGGUUCUUUGACGAAAUCAGCCCAGGGAGCUGUUUCUUCCUGCCAAAUGGUGUCCGCAUCUACAAUGCACUCCUCGAAUUGAUCCGACAAGAAUACCGAAAACGUGGCUACCAAGAAGUCAUCUCCCCAAACAUCUACAGCAGCAAGCUUUGGGAAACGUCUGGGCAUUGGGAUCACUACAAGGAGAACAUGUUUAUCAUGGAGAUUGACAAGCGUAUGUCCGCUCUAAAGGCUAUGAAUUGUCCAGGACACUGCGUAAUGUUCGACAGCAGGGAUCGUAGCUACCGAGAACUGCCUCUUCGUAUGGCCGAAUUUGGUGUGAUCCACAGAAACGAGGCAUCCGGUGCUCUAUCCGGAUUGACCCGAGUACGACGCUUUGUGCAGGAUGAUUCGCAUAUCUGCAUGCCCGAGCAAAUCAAGGGAGAAAUGGACGAACUCUUCAAGUUCCUGGAUAAAGUCUACAGCCUAUUUGGUUUUGAGUACAAGCUCGAACUUUCCACUCGACCAGAGUCCUACCUAGGAGAGAAGGAGACUUGGGAUGCAGCAGAGCGGGCACUCACUGAUGUUCUUAACGAGCACUACCCGGGGCGGUGGUCAGAGAAUCCAGGCGAUGGUGCUUUCUAUGGACCCAAGAUUGACAUUCGCAUCCAAGACGCAUUGAAGCGAUGGCACCAGUGUGCUACCAUUCAACUUGACUUCCAACUUCCCCAGAGAUUCAACCUCAAGUACCGAGGAGAGAAAGUCGUCGAGGAAGGUGCUGAACCUCUUCGUCCCGUCAUGAUCCACCGAGCCGUCCUUGGUAGUAUCGAACGAUUCACGGCUGUUAUCACCGAACACUUUGGUGGCAAAUGGCCAUUCUGGCUCUCGCCCCGACAGGUCCUAGUCAUUCCAGUGUCCAAGCCUUUCUAUGACUACGCCAACGAGGUCAGGGACAAACUCUGGGAUGCAGGCUUGUAUGCAGAUGUCGAUACCGGCCCAGAAACCAUGAAGAAGAAGAUUCUGCUCGGAGAACAAGCUCAAUACAACUUUAUAUUCGUCGUCGGUCAAGACGAGAUGGAAGCGCGAGCCGUCAAUGUCCGAAAUCGUGAUGCAGACACCAAAGCGCGUGCAGAAAUCAUGCCGCUGGAUGACGUGGUAGCGAAGCUUGUCUUACUCAAGGCCGAAAGACGGCUAGAGAACAAGAUCUAG